CACGUGUGGCUGUUGUAAAUUAAAUUCGACGCCUAAAUUUUGUUAUUUAUGCCCUUAUAUUAUAGUUCGAGCAUUUAAAUAUAAAGGGAUUUUUUAAGUUCUGUUUUGUGUUGGUCUGUGUUUAUGUGUAAUUGAAAACAGUGUUUUACCGGAAUAUAAUAGUGUUGCUAUUUUAUUUAUAGCAUGUGUUUUUAGUUUUGUUUUUUCGUUUGUGUUUUUUGAGAUUAUUUUAAGUUGGUAGUGAGUGAAUUUUUAUUUAAGAGCCGGCGUAUGAAGUGCAUCGACGGACAAGUUAUAAGGAACCAUGGCGACAUCUUUAACACCCGUGGGUGUGGUAUGGGCCUGCCUGUCAUUUUGCGCUGCGAUGUUGUGUUGUACCGGUUUCUACCUUCCGUUUUGGAUACAGGGUCGGCUCUUAGGUAAAGUGGAUGCUUACUUCAGCUCGUUCAGACGUUGUAACUAUCCACGUGUUAGCGCAUCUGGAGGAAUCGAGAUUGUUCAAGAGUGCGGAAGAUAUUCAAGUUAG